AUGUCAGAAAAUUCUGACUCCCCCUUCCAAUGCUGCCAAAUUGGGACAUUCUUUGGACCCCUUGCCACUGAGUUGGCUGCAUAUUCCAAAUGCAAGGCAAUUGGGGGGGUCAUGGUGCUCGGCACACCAGCUGCUUACAUGUCCAGUACAAGUUUUGUCAUCAAUUUUUCUCUCCUCAUGGCAUAUGGCUGCAUACAAGAGUGCAAGAAGUGGGAACAUCACAAGCAGAAGCAGUUGCAGCUGGAUGAUGCUAGUGUGACAUUUUGCAACAUUCCACUGUCUCUGCAUGUCCCUGAGUCUGCUACUAGUGUGGUCUUUGCUGGGGUUUUGGUUGAUGAUGUCCAAGAUGGCUUUUGUCCAGCGGAUGUGAUGGGUGUUGGAGGGGAAUCAAGGCAAUGUUCAGGUUCUGAUACCUCCAUGGCAAGUGUCCCUGCCAGAGCUUCCCUUGAAGAGUCACUGACACAGCAAGCAUUUUACAAUUUUCUUUGCACAAACAUGUGA